UGACGCAAGCUAUCACACAAUGCUUCCUGAAGCUCAGCUGAGCAGGUAGUGCAAGACAUCUCAAACUUGUGUCCUAACAAACAAAAAAAAAUCAUAUUUUUAAGGAGCUCUUCGGAUAACCCAAUGAUCAAAAAGAAAGCACACAUCAGCUCACUUUAAAGUGUGCGUCCGCUUUUGGGAGGAAAGGAAAUAAGAGUUCUGAAGGACAGUUACAUUUAUACGCUGAAGAUGACUUGUGCAAACGUGAUGUCGAGGUUUGGCCCGCCGGUCUCCGUGAGGUCCGUGGACAUGGCCGUGGGCUUCAGGUGCAGAGGAUCUCCAAACAUCAACCACCUGCUCGGCGUGUCUUCGCCCAAACCCCUGCGGCCCUGCCUCUCCCACCAGCCGGUGAUCGAGUACAGACGCUCCCCCUCCGCGGGCCUCCUCGCGGCUAAAACCGGUCGGAGGGGGAAGCGCGUCGCGUUCGCGGACGCUAAAGGACUCUCGCUCAUCACGGUGCGCCUGUUCUCCGAGAAGGAGGACCGAACCCCGCGCGAGCCGCUCAGAACGCCGCGGCCGAAGAGGCUGGGCGGCCCCGAAGACACCGUUAACGAGGCCGCGCGGCUGAGGCUCGGGUUCGAGCAGCCGUGCGCGGACUUCCAGGCGUUCAGGAGCCGGCUUCGGGAACGCAUGGUGGCGCUGGAGAGCUGUAACGUGACCAGGUGCGCCAUCCUCGGCACCGUGCGCGUCAAGAACGUUUGUUUUGAGAAAGCGGUGCACAUCCGCGUCACUUUCGACGCCUGGCGCAGUUACCGGGACGUGCCGUGCAGCUACCUGGAACAGAGCUACGGGGAGCCCGGAACCGACGUGUUCGAGUUUAACGUCGGCGUGCCUGAGCGGAUGAACCCGCGGGAGCGCGUCGAGUUCUGCGUGUCUUACCUCCCCGCCGCGCUCGGGGCCGCGCACUGGGACAACAACGACGGCAAGAACUACUGCGUUCAUGUGUGUGAAGCGUGACCUGGAUGUGCAAAACGAACCCGAAACUACAAACGUUGCACUGUCACCCGCUUUCUGACCCGUUCAGCGCAUACUGAUGAUGCCGUGCCAUGAUAACGGAGAGCUUUUUACGAGCGCCGAGGUGUAUUUUUAUAAGUUUUACAUUUGGGGAAAAUCGUACUGUGGAAGCGUUUACUUAACCCUUGCGUGCUGUGGAAAAUAUUUUUGAUAUCGUGUCAGAUAAGUAUUUAUCUUUUUUUAAAAAAGAUGUUGGGCUAUUUUAGGAACGUGCCAUUUAAUUUCUGAGCACUUUAACAUGUUUAUGAAACCCUUGCACGCUGUGGGUAAUUUAAUAAUGUAUAAACAUUUUAUUAAAUUAAAAUAAACACUGAACUUGCAUCCUAAA